AAGGACAAGAGGACACCAUCCUGUCGUACGAGCCGGUGACGCGGCAAGAAAUUCACUACGCGAGGCCAGUGAUCAUCCUGGGGCCGACGAAGGACCGAAUUAACGACGACCUCAUCUCUGAAUUCCCACACAAGUUUGGUUCCUGUGUGCCCCACACUACCAGGCCUCGGCGUGAGAACGAGGUGGACGGACAAGACUACCACUUCGUCGUAUCCCGCGAACAGAUGGAGAAAGACAUCCAGGACAACAAGUUCAUAGAGGCUGGACAGUUCAAUGACAAUCUGUAUGGGACCAGCAUUCAGUCAGUGCGGGCAGUGGCAGAGAGGGGGAAACACUGCAUCUUGGAUGUGUCUGGCAAUGCUAUCAAGAGGUUGCAACAAGCACAACUUUAUCCUGUUGCCAUUUUCAUCAAACCAAAAUCCAUUGAAGCUCUCAUGGAGAUGAACCGGAGACAGACGUAUGAACAGGCCAACAAGGUCUUUGACAAAGCCAUGAAACUUGAGCAAGAGUUUGGAGAGUAUUUUACAGCCAUUGUACAAGGAGACUCUCUUGAAGAGAUUUACAGCAAAAUCAAACAGAUCAUUGAGGACCAGUCUGGGCACUACAUCUGGGUCCCGUCCCCAGAGAAGCUCUGAAGAUGUCCCCCACCUGCUUCCCUGUGAGCAGAAGAUCUCCGAAGUCCCACCCCACCCAAGCCCUCUGCCCCAAGGAGAGGGGAUAUGAAAACUAUUCCUGCUCCUUUUUUUAGAUCGUCGCAAAAUUGAGUUUUCUAGUCCUGUUUCUUUUGUUGGGAUGAACUCAUUCAUCAUGUGACUGUUCCCACCGUUCCUGCAUGGACUUUCCCACUGCUCCAUUAGAGACAGAUGAGAACCCAUUCAAGGUCGUUUUUUAUCAUUAUUAUUAUUA